AUGGAAACGAGGACGCUAUCAUUGGAAUCGUCAUCUAAACCAGUUCUUCAUCAGAAAAUCGGAUCUAUAUCAGAAUCCUGCCGACGUACAUCAACUGGUGGUUCAAGACAGCGUGUCUACUCCAACAUGGCCUUACUUGAAGAAAUCGACGAAGCUGACAACACUGGACCAUGGUACUUCGAUAGUGGAUGCUCCAGACACAUGACAGGAGUCAAAGAAAAUCUUCAGGAAGUGAAGAAGCUAAAAGGAGGGAAGGUCACUUUUGGAUGUGGAACCAAAGGGAAUGAUUCAAGGCAAGGGACGCACCUCUGA